UGAUACUCGAUAGCCGCGGCAGGCGACUAAUUACUGGGGUGGUGGUGCCAGCCCAGCCCGUUGUGCGCGGUUGAGCAGCGCUCAUCACUCGUCAUAAUAAGCAAGACGCCGGCUAUACACCACCGCCGCCGCCGCCGUCGUUGCCGCUCGUUCCACUCACACACACACAACAUGAACGUCGACGUCGAGUACAGCGACCUCGAGGGCGUCGAGGGGGCCGAGGCCAUCCUCGCGGCCAUCACGCCGCGCUCGCGCGCCAUUAAAGCAGCGUACAACCAGCUCGGGGACGACGGCGUCGAGGCGCUCGUCGCCUCUCUGCCAGUACACAUCGAGCAGCUCGACCUGACCGACAACGACGUCGGCGACCGCGGUCUGCUCGCGGCGCUUGGCUACGCCGCACGUAGCGGGCUCAGGCACCUCUCGCUGGCGUUCAAUGCGGUCCACCUCGACGAGGCGACGACGCCAGUCGCCAUCGCAGCCCUCAACGCCAGCCACCUCGAAUCGCUCACCCUCUUCUCGAACCACCUCGAGCCCGGCUCCGUGACCGAGCUCUUCGAGCAUCUCGCCGCGCCAAGGCUCGCAACGCUGCACCUGAGCAGAUGCAACGUCGACGACGCCGCGGCGACCGCAGUGGCAAGCUACCUGGCCUCCCCGCGCGCGGCGGCGCUGACAACCCUCGACUUGGGGAACAACUGGCUCUCGGCACUCGCGGCCAAAGAGCUGAUCGACGCCGUCGAGCGCGCGCAUUUCGGGCUGCAGCACCUCUCGCUUGCGUCGCACGGGCUGCGGGGCACGCGCGGGUGUAUCCUCUUCAAGGCGGACUAUGACCCCAAGUUGGAAGCCGAGCCGCGCCCCCAGAUGAUGGUGGAGAUGGCGCAGCAGUUGCACACGCGCCUGCCGGCCGCCCUGGGGCGGAAUCGGGAGCUGAGGCGGCGCACGAUGGCGGCCGCGGCGCGGGCUGUCGGGCCGGCGAGGAUCCUGCUGCACGCCGCCGAACCAGCAGCACCUACCACCGCUACCACGGCUGCCACCCCUGCCACCACUACCACAACUACCACCACCACCCCCCCAACAUUCCCAUUCACCCGCCUCCCAGCAGAGAUCCAACAAGCCAUCGCGCGCCACGCCUGGGGCGACGCACACGCGCUCACCGAGGCGCAGUGGGGCAAGGUUGUGCGGUACGCCUCUGACCGGACAACGCUAGGCGGCAUGCUCGCCUGCCCGCCCUCCGCGCUGGGGUUCGACGCGCGCGUCGGGCUCGCACUCACAGCGUGGUGUGAGCGGCUUGGUUGCGCACAGUGGGAGAAGGAGACGCGGGGGUGGGAGCCGCCCAGUCCGCGGAUUGGGGCUUAG